AUGAACGACUCAAACACCCCUUCAACCCCUGAUACGGAAUACUCUCCGCCAUGCAGCCCGCAGCAGAAGAGUAAAUUGCUCAAAAACACUCGCUUGGCAGCCAGGGAGAAAUUGGCAAACCUGAGCUUAAAGGAAAAGGUUUCCUUACUCACCGCAGCCGACUUUUGGAGGACAAAGGCCAUUCCUGAGAAGGGUAUUCCGGCCAUCAAAACCACCGACGGCCCAAAUGGCGCUCGUGGAGGUAUCUUUGUGGGCGGUACCAAGGCCGCACUAUUCCCUUGUGGCAUAUCCUUGGCAGCUACAUGGAACAAGAAUCUUCUCUACGAAGUUGGGCAACACCUAGCUGCUGAGACACGAGCAAGGUCGGCUGAGAUGCUUCUCGCCCCCACCGUCUGCAUGCACCGACAUCCCCUUGGCGGCCGAAACUUCGAGUCCUUCUCCGAAGACCCGCUUCUGACGGGUAAACUGGCUGCACAAUAUAUCAAGGGGCUUCAGGAUAAAGGAGUGGCUGCGACUAUCAAGCAUUUCGUCGGCAAUGAGCAAGAAACGCAUAGGCUCACAAUAGAUUCGCUCAUGACUCAACGAACACUUCGCGAGCUAUAUCUUCGACCAUUCGAGAUUGCUAUUCGGGAAGCAAAUCCCUGGGCUCUCAUGUGCUCGUACAAUCUCUUGAAUGGUGUGCACUGCGACAUGAACAAGCAUACUCUGAAAGAUAUUCUGCGUGGAGAGUGGGGCUAUGACGGCACUGUUGUGUCCGAUUGGGGUGGCACCAACUCGACUGUGGAAUCUGUUCAGGCUGGAUGCGACAUUGAAUUCCCCUUCUCCUCGAAAUGGCGGCUUGAUAAACUCAUCGCCGCCGCGAAUGAAGGAGAAAUCAGUAUGGAUGACAUAGACCAGGCUACUGAAAACGUCCUUACACUAGUUGAGCGUCUCAAAGGAGGCGACAUGUCACCAGAGGUGCCUGAGCGCAUGGACGACCGGGAGGAAACCAGGAAGCUUAUCCGAACAGCCGGCCAUGAGGGCCUGACGCUCCUCAAGAACAACGACAGCAUCCUUCCCCUCUGCCCCAAAACCACAAAGGUCGCCGUCAUCGGACCCAACGCCAACCGCGCUAUUGCAGGUGGCGGUGGAAGCGCAAGUCUCAACCCGUACUACAACACCAUCCCUCUUGAGAGUAUCCGCCAGGUUGCAGAGAAGGAUGUCACCUUUGCUCAGGGUUGCCAUAUUCACAAGUGGCUCCCUGUUGCAUCCAAGUACUGCUCUGACAAGGCUGGAAAGCCUGGAGUCACUAUCGACUGGUACGCUGGUGACAAGUUUCAGGGCAGCCCAGUUGUCAUUCAGCGACGGACCAACACUGACCUCUUUCUGUGGGACUCGGCACCGCUCAGCCAGGUUGGCCCCGAGUGGUCGGCCAUCGCAACGACGUAUCUGACCCCGUCGACAACAGGCAAGCACACAGUUAGCUUCAUGAGCGUCGGCCCCGGAAAGCUCUACGUCGAUGGAAAGCCGGUCCUUGAUCUCUGGGAGUGGACUGAGGAGGGAGAGGCCAUGUUUGAUGGCUCGAUAGACUAUCUUGUUGAUGUCGACAUGGAGGCUUCCAAACCGGUGGAGCUCAAGGUUGAAAUGACAAACGAGCUGCGCCCGCUUUCGAAGCAGAAGCAGUUCGGAAUCACGCACAAGUACGGUGGCUGUCGUAUUGGAUUCAAGGAGCAGGACCAAGUCGACUACAUCCAGGAAGCUGUCGAAACUGCCCAGGCUGCAGACGUGGCUGUGGUCAUUGUUGGAGUUGAUGCUGAGUGGGAGUCAGAGGGCUACGACCGUCAAACCAUGGACCUCCCCGUUGACGGGACUCAGGACCGUCUUAUUGAAGCCGUCGUAAAAGCCAACCCCCGUACCAUUGUCGUCAACCAGUCCGGCAGUCCGGUUCAUAUGCCCUGGGUUGAUCAGGUUCCCGUCAUCAUUCAGGGAUGGUAUCAGGGUCAGGAGGCGGGCAAUGCCUUGGCCGAUGUCAUUUUCGGCAUUGAGAGCCCAAGUGGAAAGCUUCCGUCCACGUUUCCAAGACGCAUUGAGCACACCCCGGCAUGGCACACAUGGCCUGGUGAGAACGAGAAGGUACUGUACGGCGAGGGCCUGUACGUCGGGUACAAGCACUACGACCACGCCAAGAUCACGCCGCUGUUCCCCUUCGGCCACGGCCUCUCCUACACGACGUUUGAGUACGGCCGUCCGGAGGUCUCAUCGCGCACGCUCACCGCGGAUGGGAGCAUCAAGAUCACGCUCGCCAUUUCAAACGUCGGGUCUCGCGCCGGCGCCGAAAUCGUCCAGGUCUACGUCCGCGACGAGAAGAGCCGCCUGCCGCGGCCGGAGAAGGAGCUCGUGGCCUUUGAGAAGGUGUUCCUCGAGGCGGACGAGACGAGACACAUUACCAUCGACCUGGACAAGUAUGCGGUGGGGUACUAUGAUGAGGCGAUUCCUGGGUGGAUCGCUGAAGAGGGCGCUUUCCAGGUCCUCAUUGGAGCCUCGAGCGCAGAUAUAAGACGAACGACGAAAUUCCAAGUGAAGGAGUCGUUUACCUGGGUGUUUUGA